GCUCCAUCUUAGCUGUGCCAUAGGCUGCACUAAAAAAAGGGACCAGAACGGCGCUCUCUCAGCAUCCUUUCACACAAGAGCUCCCAAAUCUGUGCCAGUGAGCAUACUCAGACAGCUCCUCAAGAAUGGCAACCCUCAACAGCACCCACUGGAAUGAGACUACUACAUCCAUUUCCCAGUAUCUGGGCUUCCAAGUGCAAAAAAUCUACCCUUUCCAUGACAACUGGAACACUGCCUGCUUUGUCAUCCUGAUCAUAUUCAUCUUCACUGUAGUUUCUCUGGUGGUGUUGGCUUUCCUGUAUGAACUGCUGGACUGCUGCUGCUGUGUGAAAAACAAGACUGUGAAGGACUUGGAGAACGAGCCCAACCCCGUCAGAGCGAUGCUGAACAGCUUCAGGAAGCGGGACACAGAGGUGGUGUAGGAAGCACUGAGCACCUGCACUUGGGGAACUUGGUUUGACACCUGGAAUGAAGCCUCCUGUAGCUUACCAACGAGCAAGUCAUGUGCUUUUUUCUUUUGGACUUAAAUAUCCACAGUGGCAAUUUUAUCUCUGGAUGUGAGCUGGAAUAAUUGGCAAAGGCUUUCCAAGUGCUUAGCAGAAAGACAAUCUACUGCAGUGUUAUGGGAGGGAGAAAGAUUGUUGUUUAUAGAUGAACUUUUGCUGUUUAUAUUGAGUGACUAGCAUAGAAUUUUGUCUACCUGACCGAACAAAUGCUGCCUAACAUGCAUACAA